CCUCUUCCGGUGGAAAAGGCGCGCGGGGAGGGGAGUAGUAGUGGUGGUGCGUCCGCGCGAUGGCGUUGCAUCUGGCAGACGUGAGCUGGAGGAUGUUGGAGCUGCGAGCCCGGUCCAAGCGCUCAGUUUUGAAAAUUGCUGUAGUUUAGCCUGAGACGUUUGUGAUUAGCUGCAUCAGUUUGAAAUGGCCAAUUCGGACGAUGACAAAGCGAGCUCUGCACAUACUUUCUCAAGGUUUGAGGGUCACAGAUUGUCCGGCUCUGUUUAUGAACCACUUAAAAGCAUUAACCUUCCAAAGCCAGAGGGAGAAAGUCUGUGGAAUAAAUUGGAUCAUUAUUACAGAAUUGUCAAGUCAACGGUGUUGCUUUAUCAAAGUCCAACUACUGGUCUCUUUCCCACAAAAACGUUUGGUGACAACCAGAAGGCAAAGGUGCAAGACAGUCUUUACUGUGCUGCAUGUGCUUGGGCAUUAGCACUUGCAUACAGGCGCAUUGAUGAUGACAAGGGAAGGACACAUGAGCUGGAACAUACUGCCAUAAAAUGUAUGCGAGGAAUUCUCUACUGCUGUAUGCGCCAGGCUGAUAAGGUUCAGCAGUUUAAGCAAGACCCCAGGCCAUCCAAAUGCCUUCAUUCUGUUUUCAGUGCACAUAGUGGAGAUGAAGUCUUCUCCCAUGAGGCAUAUGGCCAUCUUCAGAUAAAUGCUGUGUCACUGUUCCUGCUCUACCUGGUUGAGAUGAUAUCUUCAGGACUGCAGAUUAUCUACAAUACAGAUGAGGUGUCCUUCAUUCAAAACCUGGUGUUUUGUGUGGAAAGAGCAUACCGAGUACCUGACUUUGGUGUCUGGGAAAGAGGAAGUAAAUACAACAAUGGCAGCACAGAACUGCAUUCAAGCUCUGUUGGUUUAGCAAAAGCAGCCCUAGAAGCAAUUAAUGGAUUCAACCUCUUUGGCAAUCAGGGCUGCUCUUGGUCUGUCAUAUUUGUGGAUCUUGACGCCCAUAAUCGAAACAGACAAACUCUUUGCUCAUUGCUACCCCGAGAAUCGAGGUCUCAUAACACUGAUGCAGCACUUCUACCCUGCAUUAGUUAUCCUGCAUUUGCUGUGGAUGAUGAUGCUUUAUACAGUCAAACACUUGAUAAGGUUGUUAGAAAACUAAAAGGAAAAUAUGGGUUCAAACGAUUUCUGAGAGAUGGUUACAGAACAUCACUGGAGGACGAAAAUCGGCGUUACUAUAAGCCAGCAGAAAUUAAGCUGUUUGAUGGGAUUGAGUGUGAAUUUCCUCUGUUUUUUAUUUUCAUGAUGAUUGAUGGAGUUUUUAGAGGAAAUGCGGAACAAGUAAAGGAAUAUCAGGAGCUUCUGGAUCCUUUGCUUCAACAGUCAGCUGAAGGAUAUCCUGUUGUACCCAGGUAUUAUUAUGUGCCAGCUGACUUUGUUGAAUUAGAAAAGAAAAAUCCUGGUAGUCAGAAACGAUUUCCGAGCAACAGUGGACGUGAUGGAAAGCUUUUCUUGUGGGGACAGGCACUGUACAUCAUUGCAAAACUCCUGGUUGAUGGAUUAGUAAAUCCCAAAGACAUUGAUCCAAUAGGGCGUUACAUACCUCCACAAGAUCAGCGGAAUGUCAGCAUGAGAUACUCAAAUCAGGGGCCUCUAGAAAAUGAUUUGGUGGUCCAUGUGGCCCUGAUAGCAGAAAGUCAACGCCUGCAAGUUUUUCUGAACACAUAUGGAAUCCAGACUCAGACUCCCCAGCAGGUGGAACCUAUUCAGAUAUGGGCUCAACAGGAACUUGUCAAAGCUUACUUUCAUUUGGGGAUUAAUGACAAACUGGGAUUAUCUGGAAGACCCGACAGGCCUAUCGGAUGCCUUGGAACAUCAAAGAUUUAUCGAAUACUAGGAAAGACUGUUGUUUGCUACCCAAUCAUUUUUGACCUAAGUGACUUCUACAUGUCUCAGGAUGUUAUGCUGUUGAUCGAUGACAUUAAGAAUGCAUUACAGUUCAUUAAGCAAUAUUGGAAGAUGCAUGGUCGCCCCCUGUUCCUCGUGCUUAUCCGUGAGGAUAACAUAAGGGGAAGCAGAUUCAACCCAAUAUUAGAUAUGCUGGCAGCCUUUAAAAAGGGAGUUGUUGGAGGAGUGAAGGUUCAUGUUGAUAGAGUGCAGACAUUAAUAUCUGGUGCAGUUGUUGAACAACUUGACUUUCUGAGAAUCAGUGAAACAGAAGAGCCUCCCGAAUUUAAGAGUUUUGAGGAGCUGGAACUUCCAAAACAUUCAAAAGUCAAGAGACAAACUAGUACUCCAAAUGUUUCUGAACUCGAACAACAACCAGAAGUAAAUAUUAAUGACUGGAAAAACAGAUCGACUUACGAGAUUCUUGAGAAACUGAAUGACUGCAAUUGCCUAGCAAGUCAAGCAAUUCUGUUGAGUAUUUUGCUCAAAAAGGAAGGACCGAAUUUCAUCACCAAGGAAGGUACUGUUUCUGAUCAGAUUGAAAGAAUCUAUAGACGAGCUGGCAGCAAAAAGCUCUGGUCUGUUGUGCGCUUCGCAGCAAGCCUUUUAGGUAAACUAGUGGACAGCCUUGCACCAUCUAUUACUAAUGUUUUAGUUCAGGGCAAACAGGUGACUCUUGGAGCUUUUGGCCAUGAAGAAGAAGUUAUUUCCAAUCCCUUGUCUCCAGGAGUGAUUAAGAACAUCCUCUACGACAAGUGUAAUUUACAGGAUGAGAGGGAAGCUGUAAUUCAACAAGAACUUGUCAUUCAUAUUGGCUGGAUCAUCUCAAACUCACCUGAACUAUUUAGUGGCAUGUUAAAAAUACGAGUUGGAUGGAUUAUCCAUGCUAUGAAGUAUGAACUAAAAAUCCGUGCUGGGGAUAUGCCACCCAUGGAUUUAUACCGGCUGUCGCCUAGUGAAGUGAAGCAGCUUCUGUUGGAUAUUCUUCAGCCACAGCAGCAAGGGAGAUGUUGGCUUAAUAGACGUCAAAUAGAUGGUUCUCUGAAUCGAACUCCCCAUGGUUUCUAUGACAGGGUGUGGCAAAUCUUGGAGAGAACCCCCAAUGGUGUAAUAGUAGCAGAAAAAUAUUUACCACAGCAACCAACACUAUCUGAUAUGACUAUGUAUGAGAUGAAUUUUUCCCUUCUGGUUGAAGACAUGUUGCAAAAUAUUGACCAGCCUGAAUACAGACAAAUUAUUGUAGAGUUGUUAAUGGUUGUAUCUCUUAUUUUGGAGAGAAACCCUGAGUUAGAGUUUCAGGAUAAAGUGGAUUUGGACAAACUGGUGAAAGAAGCAUUUCAUUAUUUCCAGAAAGAUGAGACCAGGCUAAAGGGAGUUGAAAAGCAAGAUGACAUGACUUCAUUUUACAACACUCCCCCAAUGGGAAAAAGAGGAACAUGCAGCUACUUGACUAAAGCUGUGAUGAAUUUAUUGUUGGAAGGGGAAGUGAAGCCAAGCAGCGAUGAUCCUUGUACCAUUAGCUAAACUUCAGAAAGAAAUAUAGGAACCAUUGCUUAUUUAGGUUUUAGUGUUGUUUUGCAUGUGAUGUUUAAUUCCUAUUUUGAAGAGUAGUCAUGGGCAGCAAUAUAAAUCUGUACCAUCCUUCACUGUGAUAAACAGAAUUGCUUAGGGUAGUAAAUACCACAGCUGAUUUGGCAAUAAAAAUAAAUAUAUUUAAUCAAGAAAAAAAUCUCAACAGCAAUCAGCAAUCUUCACCUAAAUGUCAAAAUAGUGUGCUGACUGAAAAUUAUGCAUGAAGCAUGACAUACAGUUCAUAUUAAAUGAGCCCAAUGAUAUUUAAAUAAAGUUGGCUGGGCCUGUAUUUUUGGUUUUGCAACUGUUUAAAAACAAAUGAUACGCUUAGUUAUUUGUGUAAUUUUGAACUAACAGUUUAUGCAAGAUUUAUUACCUCUUUCUUCCAUUUGUACUGUAGUUCAUUACAAAAUGCUGUAAUGUAAAUGCUGAGUAAAAUACAAAAUGCAAAAUGUAAAUGCUGAGUAAAAUACAGCCAGAAUUUUUAAAAAACAGAAUACAUUUGAACUAAUGGUUAGCACCCAAAACAGAUGGACACUUAACAUAAAAGCUAGAGUGGUUUUGUAUUUGGUCACCUUAGUCAAAGUGGAGGUAAAAUAAAAACAAUAUUCUGCACAAAAUACUUUCUUUACAAUUCAAUUUAAUUUGUAUAACGUAUGAGAAUUGUUUAGGGUUUUAAUGGCUUAGUUAUAACCUGAUUACACAGAUUGAAGACAGCCAGAAAAUGAAUACAAAAUAUGUAGAAUUGCUUUUUAUAUUUUAAAUAAAUGUCAUUGCAGCUAACCACAUGUUCAAAAGUUUGUAUGAGAUUUAUAAAUUAACAGUGGAAACAUUAGUUAAUAUGGGAUGGAAAUUUUUAAAAAUGUAUUUAAUUGAAAUUAAUGUUGGGAAGAUGAUUGAAGAGAGACUUUCAUUAAAUAUAAGCGUUUGACAAGUUC